GUUACUUAAAAUGGAAACGUAUUUUGACUCUCUUCCAGACAUUUUUACCAUAAUAAACUUCAUCAUAAUUUCUAUAGGCAUCAUUGGCAAUCUGCUUGUUUUGUUGAUAAUUAUCUGCAGAAAAACUACAAGAACAAAGAUGUACAUUCUCAUAGGGAACCUGGCUGUGGCAGACCUUUCUUUUCUAGCUCAACAAAUGGUAGUCUUUGUCACAAAAAUUCCAGAAAAAAUAUAUUUUCUAUAUAACUACAUGACAUUUGUGACAGUCACUGUAAGCAUCCACACAUUGGUGCUUCUAGCUCUGGACAAGUUCAUGUCACUUGUGCUGGUCUAUACUUCUAGAGUAUUUAAGACCACGAGAAACCUCUUCAUCACUGUGGUACUGUUGUGGGCUGUUUCAAUAGUGGCUUUUUAUAUGCCUGUUACCAUCUUCUUUGACAGUCACCCAGGAUUUGUCCAUCAAAACGGUCCAUACAUGACCAGAAAUCUCACGUUUGAUAUUGAUACAACACCAUACAGAAUAACCCUGGCUUGCUUCUUUGUGUUUGACUUCAUGCUCCCUCUUAUUACGAUGACUGUUAUGUAUUCGAUGGUCAUCCAUCAGUUAUUGUGCAAGGACAGGCCUAACCCUGGGAACAGCUCGGCUGAGAUGAAGGUCGUUAAAGACAAACAGAGACUCACUGUUGUAAUGAUGAUUGUAACCAUUGUAUUUGUCGUCUGUUGGUUCCCGAAGUGGGUUAAUUUUUACUUUCUGUUUUUCACAGACGUGGAUGACAGAAAUGAAUCAUACAUGCUUUUUUUAAAAUUUACUCAUUUAUUAGUGGUCAUAAACAGUGCCAUUAACCCCAUACUAUAUGCGUUUAUAUACGUGGACUUCAGGAGGGGUGUGACUGUGCCUGUUAACUUUAUGAGGAAGCUUUGUUGUAACAAAUAAUUAUAUCACGAUGCUAAGUAAAUAUGAAGUUUACACGAAUUCAGUUUGUCAUUGAGUGUUUUUAUGAAUACGUCAAUUGUCAGUUAUGUCAAUUUGCAUUCAGUUUAGGUUGCAUGUUUUUAUGACUACUCCAAUCAUUACAAAUAGAUGUUUUAGAGUUCUGAUUCCCCAUGGAAUAUUGUAAAAUAUAUAUGAAUGUAUUGGAUGUGUGCAUUUGAACACAAUUGUGUAAUUCAGUGUUUCUGAGUUUUAGCACAGUAAAAUCAGCAUCCAUUAUAUACAGUGGUGUUUCUCAUUGAUUAAUUGUAUAAUUUAUACAGUUAUAGGCACACAAUGCUUGCUAGACUUUUACUUAACCAAAAUGAUCAUGGAAGUUUUCCCUUUUAUCACCAACAUAUACCCUAGUUAUAACAGUGAAAACAAUUAUAAUCUACAAUGAUCCCAUUUUUAGUUUUAAAUUAUAAUUCAUGAUAUGUUGUGCCACAAAAAAUAAAAUUCUUCAGUUUCCAUCUGCAUUCUGAGAGUGACUCAAAAAUCAUAAACUUACUAGAUACAACUCAAAAUUGGGUGUAUGGCUUAAUUGUAAUUAUGUGAAUGGUUUAGUUAAAGUACUAUAAUACCAAUUUGAAGGUGAUAAAUGCAAAACUGUUGAGAUUUCCAGGAAAAUAAAAACAUU